GCUAGGGCAUCCCAGCAGACCCUUGGCCCUGCCUGGUGACUCUACCUGUGCAUCCACCUUGUUGGCUGGUAGAAGAAAGCGAACAAAUAAGAAGUUCCAGCCAUGGAUAUAUUUGGAGACCUUCGGCGAAUGAACAAGCGCCAGCUCUUCACUUCCUUACAGCUGUACUACCAGGUCUUAAAUUUUGCCAUGAUUGUGUCUUCAGCUCUAAUGAUAUGGAAAGGCCUUAUCGUCAUCACCGGAAGCGAGAGUCCUAUUGUGGUAGUGCUCAGUGGCAGUAUGGAGCCAGCCUUUUACAGAGGAGAUCUGCUGUUCUUAACAAACUUCCGAGAAGACCCCAUCAGGGCUGGGGAAAUUGUGGUUUUUAAAGUUGAAGGCAGGGAUAUUCCAAUUGUACACAGAGUAAUCAAAGUUCAUGAAAAAGAAAACGGCAACAUCAAGUUUCUCACUAAGGGCGAUAAUAAUGAAGUUGAUGAUAGAGGCUUGUACAAAGAAGGCCAGAACUGGCUAGAGAAGAAGGAUGUUGUAGGUAGAGCACGAGGGUUUUUGCCGUAUGUUGGAAUGGUGACCAUAAUCAUGAAUGACUAUCCAAAAUUUAAGUAUGCUCUCCUGGCUGUAAUGGGCGCAUAUGUACUCCUGAAAAGAGAAUCAUAAAAGAACGGAACUACCUUUCGCGACUCAUAUGCAUAGAUAUACAAAGAGAUACUAAUAUAUUUGAACCAUCCCCACGUCUGUGUAUAAUAUUACAUGGUGUGCAAACAAUAUUGUGUUGUCCAAAUGAAUUUUCCUGUCCAUGUUGCAGUCCUAAGAAUCUUCUUGCGCAUAAGUCCACAGGUUGCAUCUGGAUGAGGCUAUAAGUGUUCUUACAACUGCAGUCUCUGAGGAUUACAGUGAUGUUCAUUGGUAUUUUGUUUACAAAUUGUUUGAGUUUCUCCAUGUACUCACCGUUGCUUUUCACUAAGACAAAUGGAAAGAAUUACUGGGAGGUGAGGGAACUGGGUGGGUAAUGAUCAUGGAAACUUCAGCCGGCAGGGUAAGAGGUGGGGGCUGAUUAAAAGUUCCCAAAGCUGGAAUAUUUAGGUGAAUCGGGUCUGCACUGCAAGGAUGUGGUUGCUUGGAUGCAUUUUAGGCAGGAGCUCAGUAACGGUUAUCUCUUACCAAAGGAGCCCUCUGACACAAUUCUCCCUGUGCCCUAUCACCAGGUGUUUCAAGUAGCUACUGUGUGUUUUGUCAAGCCACGCAAAGUCCAUUCUUUCAAAUGGGCUCACCAAAGUAUUCCAGCAUCCGAUUGCCAUUUUUCUGACAGAGGAAUUUAUUAUUAUUUUCUAAAUAUUGGGUUGUUAAGUCAAGGUUGUGAGAGGAAACUUUUUGUAUGUGCAAAAAUUGUUAUUACUGAAUUGGGCUUGCUUGGGCAAAGCAGUUAGAAAAUCUUGGCCCACAGUAGUGCUAUCUGAGAUGAACUUAUAUUAUACUUUAAUAAAUGUGGGAGGGCCCAUGCAGAUUAGUCUAGGUGAAGUCCUCAGCCUCAGGUAGAGUGCUCAUCUGCAUAAUCCUGCCCACGUGGUCAAGAGAUUUGCCCCACACACAAAGUGCAGAUGUGUAAGAAAAUUGUCAUUGUCAGCCAGAAUCGUUCCCAUGUCUGUUUGCACCGAGGAAAAUGUCUUGUGUGAAUUAGUAAUAUAUGCAUCUCAUGUCUUGCAGUGUGUGAUGCAUGAAAUCCAAAACCUUUGGAGAUGGUUAGGUCCACCCAAGCCUGCUGGGAAACUGAGGCUGCUUCCCAGCAUUCCAGUGUACACCACUGAUUUCCCACUCUCACCACUAAGGAGUAAAAUAACGAGGGGCAGGAUUAUUUUCCUGCCUAUUAACAAAUGGCAUGGCAUAUUCAGAGCUGAUUGUGCAUUUUGAAGUAGAUGCAUAGCUUACAAUUCUGUGUGUGUACCAUUCUUCUGCAGAUUGUUAUUUCCCUCUCAGGAGUGACUUCUUGGGGAGGGAAGGAAUCCCACUUAAUAGAAGCAUUGCAAGGGAAAAACUCUGAAGUCCACAUUUGAUAAUAUCUUGAUUGGGACCAGCCAAAAUGUGCCAAAUAUUUGAGUUAUCCAGAACUCUUCAGCACGCAAGAUGUUACACAAAACUGGGUGGUGGAAUGGGGAUUUUAAAAAGAAAAGUAGAAAAACUAGGCUAAAUGUUGUAACCAUGAGGUUUUUCCUUGCCUUACCAUCCCUUGCUUUCUGUAAUAUCUCGCUUGAUGAAGAACUCUGAAGAGCUUGAAAGCUUGCCACAUUUUUGUGACUCUUUAGUCCUGAUAAAGGCAUUAUCCAACUGUGAUUUUUUUCCUUUAUGGACCAAUACAUUUGCUUUAUAGUGUGGAAAGUGACUCUGAAGUAUGAGUAUUACUGAUUGCUCUAAGAUGCACUUCUAGAAAUUUCUAGAUCUGCAGAAAUGUACCAUAAAGAACUGUCUUGCUUGGGGAAAAAAAAAAAAAGACCCAGAAACAUUGGGCACAUCUAUCCUGCAAGCAUAAACCAAUUCAACUACUGUAGCUUGUUCCAAAUGUCCCUGCAAAAUGUUAUUUUUUAAUGUGCUCAAGAUCGCCACUCAUUCACUUUCCAUGGUAAGAGCACUUCUGCCCAUUUUGGCUUUUCGCAAUCCCUCUGUGGCCUUAGAGAAGUCACUUUAACAGUGAUUAUGUGUGUAUGUGAUUUUAAUUCUUGAAAAAUACUUUUGCCUUUCUGCAUAAUUACGGUUAUGUGUCACUUCCAUGGAUCUGUCUGCCUUUUUUUUUUUUUUUUGAAAGCAAAUUGCUGUGGUUUGCAAUAUCUAUCUGAAAGGACCUACAAAAAGUGUUAAAUAAAAAAUAGUUCUGUUGGAUCUUUGGGAUAUGUGUCUUAAUAAAUGUGGUGCCCCAGAAAUAUCUCUUUCAUUGGCUUAUCAUGCUAUGCAAUAAUAUCAUUAAAAGACUUGCUGUUUUGUUCUAUAA